AUGGUUCUCAUCCCAGUUAUCUUGGCUCACAAUGAGGAAGAAAGACUCCUGAAUGAUCUGAUGAAUAACUACAACAGAAACUUGCGUCCAUCAAAAAAAGAUGGCGAUAUUAUAAGUGUCAGCAUAAAAUUGACACUUACCAACCUGAUAACUUUGAAUGAAAAAAAAGAGGCUUUGACUACCAAUGUCUGGGUUGAAAUGCAAUGGAAAGAUUAUCGUCUCAGUUGGGAUCCUGAGAAAUACAGCGGCAUUAUAAUUACACGUAUCCCUUCCACUAUGGUGUGGCUCCCAGAUGUUGGUCUGGAAAACAAUGUGGAUGGCACCUUUAACAUUGCCCUCUAUGCUAACACUUUAGUAUCUUCUGAUGGCUCCGUCUACUGGCUACCUCCCGCCAUCUAUGAGAGUAGUUGCCCUGUGGUGGUCACCUAUUUUCCCUUCGACUGGCAGAACUGCUCCAUGGUUUUUCAGUCACAGACGUACAGUGCCAAUGAGAUUGAGUUACUCUUGACAGUAGAAGAAGGGCUUACAAUUGAGUGGAUUACAAUAGACCCAGAAGCAUUUACAGAGAAUGGGGAAUGGGCAAUAAAACACAUGCCAGCCAAAAAAAUCAUAGAUCAUCGACUUACGCCAGAUGACAUCAACUAUCAAUCUAUUGUCUUCUAUCUCAUCAUACAGAGGAAACCUCUUUUCUACAUCAUCAACAUCAUUGUUCCCUGUGUGCUUAUCUCAUUUGUCAGUGUCCUGGUUUAUUUCCUACCCGCCAAAGCUGGAGGACAAAAAUGCACGGUGUCUAUCAACAUCCUCCUGGCUCAAACCGUCUUUCUCUUCCUAAUUGCCAAGAAAAUUCCGGAGACUUCCACGGCUGUGCCACUCAUUGUAAAAUAUUUAACAUUCCUCAUCGUCGUCACUAUUACUAUUGUGGUGAAUGCGGUGAUAGUUUUAAAUGUAUCGCUCCGAACUCCUAACACACACAGCAUGUCCAGCUCCAUCCGCCAGCUGUUUUUAAGAAAGCUCCCUCGUCUACUUAGAAUGCAUGUACGCCAAAGUGAUAUGGCCUCUCCUCCAGCUCCACUCACAAGGCGCUGCAGUUCACUUGGACUGAUGAUCAAGGCUGAUGAGUACAUGCUGAAGAAGCCAAGGACCGAACUCAUGUUUGAGAGGCAGAAGGAGAGAGAUGGACUCAUGAAAAUGGUGCUAGAAAAAAUAGGCAAAGGAAUGGCAAAUGGCACCGUGCAAGAUCUCAUCCACAGUUUAAGCCAUGCUACUCCAGAGAUACGAGCCACAGUAGAAGCCUGUAACCACAUAGCAAGGACUACAAGGGAAAAGAACAAUUUUAAAAGUGAAAAUGAAGAAUGGAUUUUGAUUGGCAGAGUGAUAGACAGAGUGUGCUUCCUCAUCAUGUUUUUUCUGUUCAUUCUUGUAUCCAUUGGAACAUUCCUGGCUGGUCACUAUAACCAGGCUCCAGCACAACCUUUUCCUGGAGAUCCCAAACUCUACCUGCCACCAUCUGAAAAGUCUACAUGA